AUGGUAAGGCGCAGCAACAAGCCACAGACCUUUAUCCUCUUCGAACUUGGACCCGUGAGUGCUGUAACCAGAGACAAGGAUUCCCUGAUCCGGACCACCUCCCGAGAAGGUCCAGCUUCCGAUCUGGCACGAACACUCCGUUCCCGAGACAGCGGUGUCGAGGGUCGGAUUCAUGAUCAUGGGAUGGGCCCUUGA